GAGGAAGAAAGUGGAUGGAGCUUCCACAUCACCUACAGCACUCCCAUCUUCGUCCGCACCCCCACCGAAAGCAUCAACGUCUGCGCCGACGCAGCAUCAUCCCGAAACUUCCCAUCCUAUCCCUUAUCCGUACCCCCCUCCGAUGCAUGCCCAGUAUCCUUACCCAUAUUAUCUACCGCCAUAUCUCUAUGGUCUGCCGCCGCCGAUGCCCACCGGGUCGGGGGAGUUUCCUGUGUACGCAAAUGCUCAGCCAUACAUACAUCCUUACCCGUAUCCAUAUCCACCGCCCUAUGCGAUGCCUCAUUCUCAAUACCCAUAUUCAUCUCGUUAUUAUCCCCCCUAUGGCGGGGGCCACUAUCCAUCAUAUUCUCGUUCGGUUGCGGGAUCUUCGUCAGUCUCGGCACCGGUGCUCCCGGGUCCAUUUAUUCCAACUCCUGCUCAAACGAUCCAACAAUCGUCGUCGCAGCGGCAAAGCUCGGCGAGGACGUCGAACGUUAAACAGUCGUCGCCUCGAACGAAGUCUGCUGCCUCCUCAAAUCCGCCAGCCUCCUUUAGCUCCACACAACCGACACCGUCUGCCGCUCAGUUGGGAAACUCGGUGACUGUAGCCAUGGCGCCUCCCCCAUCCCAUCCGCACCACAAUGUGUUUCGACCAUCACCUUAUACAUCAAUGUCGACCGAACCGCCCGUCAUCAUCGAUCCAGCUGUUCAGACAUCAACUUCUCAGAAUAUGUCAUUCAAUUAUUACAAUCCAGAUGUAAGUUUCCUUGUCCCUCUCGUGAUCUGUGAAAUAAUCAUCUUUAUCAAAAUCAGGCCAAAGUUCGGAAACGAAAGGCUGUGGAUGGCGAGUUACAUAUACUUAUCCAGGUUCCUCGGGGUGCCCCAGCCCCAUCAUCUACGACACUCACUAACCGGUUCAUGAAGGAGCCGGCUGUAAAGGAAGUUUCUAUGGACUCCUUGGAGCUGCAAACAGCACUAGUGGUACCUGUAGUUGAGAAUCUCCCGCUGAAUCCUGGACCGUCACCUGAGGACACCGGACCGACAACCCUCCCCGCACGAGCGUGUGCGAACAAAUCGUGUCAUCGGACAAUACCAGGAAACGUUCAAGGUACGAUGUGCGAGAAAUGCAAGGCAAAAAUCAAGAAGCACAAAGCCAAAGCUAAACAGAAAUAUAAGCUAGAGCCU